AUGGACACGACUGGGUCCGCACGCACCCUCUUGGGCGAUGCGAGGUUCAACCUCGAUGCCUCCGCCAAACCCCUCUCGUAUUUCCUCACCACGAUCCUCGUCGUCUUCUUCGUCUAUUCCUUGCAAGGCCCGAAGUUCAACACCCCCUCAAUCAACUCGAAAGGCACUUUUGAACUCACCAACAGACGGCCCAAACAACGCUACCUUACAAAUGCAAGAGAGAUGAUGUACUCAUGGUUCAAGGCCAACCCUAACAAACCGGUGCGCUUGAUUAGCGAUAUGGGCGAGACAAUUGUUCUGCCUCCUUCCAUGGCCAAUGAGAUUCGAAACGAUUCGAGGCUGAGCUUCACUCAGUUCUCAGUCGAGUUUUUCCAAACCAAGUACCCUGGUUUCGAGGCUUUCCAUGAGGGAACACGUGAUAGUAUCACUCUUAUCGUCAUCAACAAGGACCUUACCAAAUCGCUCGCCAAGGUCACCGAGCCUCUCGCAGAUGAAGCCUCUCUGGCCCUCAAGGACAUUUUCACCGAAAGCAAGGAAUGGCACGCAAUCAACAUGCGCUCCACGAUAUUACAUUUUAUCGCCCGUAUCUCUUCCCGCGUGUUCCUCGGUGACGAACUCUGCCGCAAUGAGGAAUGGCUUACUAUCACGAAAGAGUACACCAUGAACGGAUUUGCCUCUGGCGACCGGCUCCGAGAGUGGCCUGCUUUCAUGCGCCCAAUCGUUCACUGGUUUAUUCCUGGUUGUCAGAGAUUGCGCUCGCAGAUCAUUGAAGCCGCGCGGAUAAUCAAGCCCGUUAUCGAGAAGCGCCGUGCGCUUAAGGCCGCCGCCAUUGCAGAGGGUCGGAGCCCGCCUGAAUUUAACGAUGCCAUCGACUGGUUUGAGCAGGCAUCCAAGGGGAAGUACUACGACCCGGCCAUCUCGCAGCUCUUUCUCUCUACUGUCGCUAUUCACACCACUACCGACCUUUUGGGCCAGGUUUUGGUUGACCUUUGGCGUAACCCGGAAAUCAUUGAAGAUCUGAGAAAGGAAAUUACCGAUGUUCUUCGCGAGGGCGGAUGGAAGAAGACCUCGCUCUAUAGCAUGAAGCUUCUUGACAGUGUUAUCAAGGAGAGUCAGCGCAUGAAACCUCUUCAACUUGCGAGCAUGCAGCGAAUCGCGGUCGAGGAUGUCACACUCUCUGACGGGACCUUUAUUCCCAAGGGGCAAUCGGUUUCCGUCUCUUCUCAUGCCCUCUUCGACCCCAACGUCUACGAGAACCCCGAAAAGUGGGACGGUUAUCGAUUCUAUCGUCUACGUGAGCAGCCUGGAAAAGAGAACGUCUCCCAGCUUGUCAGCACCGGCCCCGAACACUUGGGAUUCGGUCAUGGAAAGCACGCAUGCCCUGGACGAUUCUUCGCUGCCAACGAACUCAAGAUUGCCCUCGUGCAUAUUUUGAUGCAGUAUGAUUGGAGACUUGCGCCUGGCUCUAAGGCCGACAUCUACGAUUACGGUGCCAACCCUUCGCUGAGCCCAGCUGUGGAGUUGGAGAUUAGGAGACGUGAGGAGGACUUUAACCUGAGCUUCUGA